AGCGUACGUGUGUGUGAUUAACCAAGAUAGUCGCGGCCUUCUCACACAGCUUACCAAGACGGGAGGGGAGAACAAAGAAGAAGACGAUCGGUGUGCGUUUCGCCGUUCACGGCGGCACUCCAAACUGUAUUUUUCUUUCACAGCUCAGCGGUGUUGUUUUUAGCCUUUUGCGCUUUUACUCCUAUGCGUGGGCGACUCAACCGCACUCACGUCACUUCUCGCCGUGUUGAUACACACGCCGCUGAACGCGAGGACCCCUUCCCUCGUUUACUGCAGCGGAACCUGAACACGAGCAUUCCUUUUAAAGUGCAUUUCUCAACGGCAAUCAACAUGAAUCACGAAGCAGAAGCACCUCACGCGUCCGCCGACGCGACGAGCAUCAUUGUCGUCGACAAGGCACCACGGGAGAACAGCCUCGCCGACUUCUUCAGCUUUAACAGUCCUGGGGGGCUCACGUGGUGGGCCGGCGCUAUUCUCGGCGUCUUAGGCUGUUGCGCCUUUGCCUCGAUGAUUGUUAUUCACACGGAGUCGAACCGCCGUGCGGCGCCCGCCGUGAUGUCUCUCCUGAGAGCUCAGCAAUGCCCCCUCCUCUCCUCCCUCCUCCCCCCGUUGGCGUUUCAUGCGUGGCGGACAACCUGCACACGAGUGCCACGGGGCAGCAGCUAUCCCUGCACCGCGUUGUCCGAUUGCAUCGCCCUCGGCAGCCGGUGCGCCGAUGCGAAGCUGCUGGCCCAGCUGCAGUGCGUCAGCACAAGAGAAGGAGCCGAUAACAAGAAGGUGUGUGCGUAUCCGUCUGUGAACUCCACACCCAUGCUACCUCCCUCCACCGCUGCUUCGCCAGGGUUUUGCACGAGCGCGGGCACGACCUGUGCGUUGUGUCUCGACGGCACUUGCGAGUCCACGACGCCGUCGGCCGGUUCGAUUGGGUGUCCAUCGAGCUCGGCGUGCGCCGGCGACUCGUGGCUAUGCAAUCCACUCCGCCUGUGA